AUGAUAACAGUUUAAAUAAGAAAUCCAAAAGUAAAAUUAUCCAAACAUAGAAUAUAAAAUAGUUAGAACACGAUAUUAAACUAUUCAAAUAUAAAUAGUUUUCAUGAAUUUUUUAAUAACAGUUCACGUAGCAAUGAAAAGAGAUAGAGUAUAUUUAACACUAGAUGUAAAACUGAAAAUAACUAAAUGGAUGUAUCGAUUAAGCAGAACAAACAAAAAUAAUCUAGUUAAUCUACAUCAAUUAGUUUGGCAAGCAGUACUAGUCCUAAUUAUGGUAUGAAAAAUAUAAAAGGCAAUUCUAACAGCAGCUUUAAAUUAUUAUAACAAUCUAAUUCUGUCAAUCCAUUCUAAGGAAAUGGAACAAAUUAAAAACUAUAAUAGUAAUUACUAAAAAUUGUUGAAAGAUCUAAGCAAAUGAUGACAAAUUUUUAGACAGCUUCUAAAAAAUAAGAAUAAAGGGAAUAAGAACUUAAAUAAGAAAUAUAGACUCUAAAAAAAAUCAUUGAGAAACAAAAUGCUCAACUUCAAAAACAUAAUAUAAAUCCAAUAUAUUUUUGA